AUGCCUCCAGUGAUUGCUGCCUUUCAAGCCUUUGUUUCCACAAGCAUCAUCAUCAUCACCGUGGUUGUCUCUUCCUAUGCGUCGCUCCAUCUCUUCUCCCCAGUCUCGCUACGCAUCCGCCUCGUAUACGUCGUCAUGGACUUCUACCGCCUCGCUCCGCACGAGAAGAAUCCGUGCCUCAAGUGCAUGCGCAAAGAUCUCAAGGAUUCGGACAAAGAUGACCCCGACCCACCGGAGUCUACUUGCCGCAUCGAUAUCGGCAAGUCACUGACUAAGUGCACCCUCUGCGUGAAGAGAGGUGAUCCGGGCUGCCUUCCAGCUGCUAAAGCCAUGAUAGGGGAUCAGCAGGACAUGACUGCGCUGUUUCGGCCGGAGGAUCGCGUCCGACUCGCCAGUGCUGCGCGGGCACUUAUCGAUGCAUUCGACCGCAAUGAGCGAGCCCAUCGCCGUGAGCAUGGUCUCACCGGCGAGAAGAAGACUCCUGUCGAGAUUGUUCGUAAGUAUGAGACUAUCGUCAACGAUCGCCGCGCCACUACGGCUGGCUUCAUCGGUCCGCGUCCAACGCUUUCCAACAAGCCUGAGCGCCAGGCCCGUGUCGCCCUCAACAUCGCCCACUGGAACUUUGCCGCCCUCCUUCGUCUCCGUCAUGGCGACGAGGGUUUUGCCGGCUGGUCGCAGGCGAAACAGGCCUGCAUUUCCGUGAUCGAGGAGGUAAUCCGCGAGUACAUGGAAGGUGAAGACGAGUAUGAGGGGUUCGUGGCAGAGAAUAUCCCUGUUCUCGCGCAGGUUAAGGCGUGCAUGGAGUGA